AUGGAGAACUAUCAGAAAAUGGAGAAGGUUGGCGAGGGAACAUACGGUGUCGUGUACAAAGCGAGAGAUCUCACCAGACCCGAUCGUCCCAUCGUUGCGUUGAAGAAGAUAAGACUCGAAGCAGAAGAUGAAGGUGUACCCAGCACCGCAAUUCGGGAAAUAUCACUUCUCAAAGAGAUGAACGACCCCAACAUCGUGCGGCUCCUCAACAUCGUUCACGCCGACGGCCACAAGCUAUACCUCGUUUUCGAGUUUCUCGAUUGCGAUUUGAAGAAGUAUAUGGAAGCACUCCCUGUAUCCCAGGGUGGCCGCGGAAAAGCACUCCCUCAAGAUUCUCAAGGGAGUGCUCUCCAAAGUCUUGGACUGGGGCCAGACAUGGUGAAACGGUUCAUGAGUCAAUUGGUUCUUGGAGUAAAGUACUGUCAUGCGCACCGUGUGCUGCACCGCGACCUGAAGCCCCAGAAUCUCUUGAUUGAUAAGGAAGGCAACCUCAAGCUUGCGGACUUUGGUCUUGCUCGGGCUUUUGGUGUACCAUUGAGGACGUACACCCACGAGGUCGUCACGUUGUGGUACCGUGCCCCUGAGAUCUUGCUCGGAGGCCGUCAGUACUCUACUGGAGUCGACAUGUGGUCUGUAGGCUGCAUAUUCGCGGAGAUGGUAACCCGAAAGCCUCUCUUCCCGGGUGAUUCGGAAAUCGAUGAAAUUUUCAAGAUUUUCCGUACAAUGGGCACACCAACAGAGCACGACUGGCCAGGUGUGAGCACAUUCCCAGAUUUCAAAGCCUCAUUCCCAAAAUGGGCCGCAGCUAGUCUCGAGGAAACUGUGCCUGGAAUGGACGACGAUGCUAUUGAUCUCCUCCAUGGUAUGCUAUUCUACGACCCAUCCCAGAGAAUAUCCGCAAAGCAAGCACUUCUGCAUGAUUACUUUGACGGCAAGAGCCACAUCUGGGCUGGCAGACAGAACGGACUGCGCUAAGAACGAGAUUCUGAGAAGGCCUUGCUUGAUAUGAAAUAUACCUCGAGCGCCAAAGCCUGAAUUGAAAAUGACGUUGACGAUAAAAUAUCAAGUUGCUGGCCCUCUUCUAGACGGUUAGGUUCUGAUGUACGGGCAUAUUGGGUAUUGUGGUUUGGCGUUUGGGCAAGUGACAGGUGACCUGGCGGCUCGCUGGCUUGGGAUACAUGUAAACGCUUUAUUAUUCGUAGUGGAGAUGGCUGGACCGGCAAGUAAAACAUUGGAACGUUCUCUUACAUCUGUACUACUCGACUGUCUAACACCUUGCGUCUGAUGCUGGGAGAUCUCACAUGAACGCGUACUCGUCUCGCGUCUUGCCCCUCGACGCUAGUACGAAACGGGUGAUUCUGAUAC